AAAUUUGUUGUGUAGUUUCCUAGGAGAUCGUGAUGCAAUGUUAUACUCAGCACAGCUUUAUUGUUGCAUUCUUCAGCGCAAACAAGAAACAAGAAUGACAAUGAGUCUACCGGCUCUCCCCGGUGCUAUAAUUAUAGUACAACUUAAUAUGAAUGCAGCACACAUGGUGUCAGUGCGUGAUAUAAUUAUAUGAACAUUUCCAUAGAGCGUCUCUCGUCACCUUU